CGCUCUGCUCUGCUGCAGAAGCAGCUUUUUAUUUUUGGCAUCUGACAUUAGAGCUCACCCUCCGCAACAUGGCAGGAGCAGCGGCGGCUCCACUGCGCCUCUGACCUCCUGCCUGAAAGCACCGAGCGCCUCCUCUCCCCGGCAUGGACCCGCGCCUGUAGCGAGCUGUAAGAAGAGAGCAGUUGUGUACAUUCGGCAGUGAACCGGCGUCGCUCCAUCAUGACGAAAGAAGAGGACAUCCCAGACUGGGUGGGAGCCAAGGAGUUCUACGACAAAUAUGAGCCCAAGGAGAUCCUGGGAAGGGGAGUGAGCAGCGUCGUGCGCCGCUGCGUGGACAAGCGCACGUCUCAGGAGUACGCGGUGAAGAUCAUAGACAUCACCCCCUCCGACAAGAUGUCUCCGCAGGAGAUCCAGGAGAUCAGGGAGGCCACGGUGAAGGAGAUCGACAUCCUCAAGAAAGUCUGCGGCCAGGACAACAUCAUCCAGCUCAAAGACUGCUAUGAAUCCAAAGCCUUCUACUUCCUGGUCUUUGACCUGAUGAAGAGGGGUGAACUUUUUGACUACCUGACAGAGAAAGUUACUCUGAGUGAGAAGGAAACCAGGAAAAUCAUGCGCGCUCUGCUGGAGGUGGUGCAGUUUCUCCACGCGCAGAACAUCGUCCACCGGGACCUGAAGCCGGAGAACAUCCUCCUAGAUGACGACAUGAACAUCAAACUUACAGACUUUGGCUUUGCUGUGCAGAUUCAGCCGGGCCAGAAGCUCAAAGAGGUCUGCGGUACGCCGGGUUAUCUCGCCCCGGAGAUCAUUGAGUGCUCGAUGGACGGAGGACAUGCAGGAUACAAUACAGCUGUGGACAUAUGGAGUUCAGGGGUCAUCAUGUACACGCUGCUGGCCGGCUCGCCGCCCUUCUGGCACCGCAAGCAGAUGCUGAUGCUGCGCAUGAUCUUGUCGGGAAAAUACGACUUCUCCUCCCCGGAGUGGGAGGACCGCUCAGACACCGUGAAAGACUUGAUCUCUCGGAUGCUGGUGGUGGAUCCAAAGCAGCGUUUCACAGCAAGGGACGUUCUCAACCACUCCUUCUUCUCGCAGUACGUGGUGGACGAGGUGCGACAGUUCUCUCCAUACAGGCGCUUCAAGGUCAUCUGCAUGACUGUGCUCGCCACAAUGCGAAUCUACUGCAACUACCGCCGCGCCAAGCCCGUCACCAAAGAGGUGAUCAAGAGCGACCCGUACGCCGUGAAGCCCAUCCGCAAGCUCAUCGACGCCUGCGCCUUCAAGAUCUACGGCCACUGGGUGAAGAAGGGCCAGACUCAGAACAGAGCCGCGCUGUUUGAGAACACGCCCAAAGCCAUCCUCCUGUCCAUCGCGGCCGAGGCCGACGAGCCCACGCACAACGUCUGGUAACAAACCCCGAAGGACCCACGAGGAACACUUUCUCUUUACAUCGUUUGGUAGAAAAUAUGAACUACGAAUCACCUAGGCUUAUUUGGAUUGUGAUUUUUGGACAGAAGUGGGACUGAUUUACCUCAAGAACUGCCUUUAAAUGUGGCAACAAGGAAUCCUCAGUCACGGCUCACUGAUGUGUUUUUAACUUUGCUGUUUGAAUUGUCUCUACGGUGAAUCAGGUGAAAACUGAUUUGUUUUUGUGACAAUAACUUAUUUUUAUUUUUCAAUUUCUCUCAGAGAUCAACCAUGUUCAUCCUGUUUGUAAUAUAGGUUUAAAAUUUAGAGCACUGUGUAACUUUUCCUCCUGAGGAAAAGUGUCUGAUCUAUGAAACCCAGGCUGUGCAACAUGUGGAAACCCAGUCGAGUUUAAAGAAGGCUGAAACUGUAAACCUGCAUACUUGAAAUGCAUUGACAGUCUAACUGUGUGAAUAUUUGCCCAUGAAGCAGGAUGUGCUGACCAGGGGACGUUGAAAACAUGAGCACUUUGUCGUAUGUUAGAGAAGUAUUUAUUAAAACCGA